AAACCCUGUCGCGAAAACUCUCCAAGGCACCUCAGAAUCUACAACAAAGCAUAUCGCAACACAUCCACUAUUAGCAAGGGAUACGUUGUGAAUAUCAACCGCAAAGAUGGCAGCCAAACCGGACACGUCGCUACCUGACGAAAUACAGUGGAAUUCCAUGGAACAUGUUAUGCAGUUCGGAGGCAUCCAUGAUAACACCAUCCUCUACUACUUCGCCGCCUCGCCCUUCUUCGAUCCCACAUCCAACAAUGCCGUCGUCUUCAGUCAAGCCGUGCGCAACCAGUCGCAGCUACACAUCAUAGCAACCAGGCAAGCUUUCGAAGCCCGACUUCGUGAAAUGUCAGGUCUCGAAUACAUUGUCGCCCAGGAACCUGCCGAGACGGGACCAGGCAUGGGCACUGGCGUCUGGGUCAUCCGGAAGCAGACGCGGAGGAAGGUUAAGGGCUCUAACGGAUUCCCGGCGCCAGACGAGAUAGAGGUUCACUCCGACUACUUUGUUGUCGGUGAGAAUAUAUACAUGGCGCCCAGCCUGGCUAACAUCCUCAGUUCCCGCAUUGCCUCGAUUGCUUCAUCCAUUACCAAGACAUUCCCCAUUGCCGAUUCGAUAAAAAAGUGGUCACCUGCCCUGGGCCAUGGCUACAAAACCCCAGCGACAAAUUCCCUAACUUCUCGGCCACGGGGAACCGGUCUCGAAUCCAAGGAGGCCACGCCGAUGCCUGAGAGCCAGACCAGUAGUGCGAUGACCGCCGCGAAGAAUGCGGACAGGUCAGACCCAGACGAAAAGCUGGCCGAAGAGUCGUUUGCGAUUCACACCCAUUACGGGACUGAAUACAUGGAUGAGAACCCCAUCACGGGGAAGCCUGGUGAUUUCCAUUUCUCGUCGACCGGUCGGAAGGAAAGGCUCAAUGUACCUGGCCAGCAGCAGGGGAAGGCCAUCGGGAGUGGGCCUGAUACUACCCUACCUGUGCUGAAGACACUGCCAGACAACAGUCCCCUCAGUAAAGACGCCAAGAGCGAGAAGACGGGCAAAACGGGUGGUCCGCCCAAGCCCAAACGGCGUAAAAGCAAAGGAGGGCCCAACACACCGUCUUAGAAGGAUGGGCUUACUGCCCACGUAUCACAAAGGAGUCGGGGAUGAGGUGAGAACGUUUGCGCUCACAGGCCAGUCGGAAACACGGUCAUCAGCGCUUAGGACUUGUGCAGUGGCGUCGCGCGGUAUGUUGCUAGUUUACUAUAUUAUGAUACCCCUUUAAAGAGCAGGCCUAUCGAGGUCGAGUUAUGAUAGUAACCCCAUUCGGAUCGGCCACGCCCAUCAGCGUAUACAGGUGUGUUUUGGUUGCUCACAUUAGUUACCUCUAUAAUCUUGUAACCCUGGAUGCGAUCAUACGCCUAUAUCUCUUACAGCCGAUUGGAGUAUGACAAGAAGAAUAUCAACAUGCGGUGUAUCCGCCAUCCACACACUGUAGCCCGAGAAGUCAGCAACUAUAUGCGGUCACAUCAGGGGUAUCGAAGCAAAAAUCAAGAACUUACAAUCGUUGCUCCGUGAACGAAUGUUGCUUUGGAGCUGCACAGGAACAUGACAACAUCGGCGACCUCUUGUGCCGUGCCCAUGCGUCGCAUGGGGGCUCUCUGUACUUGGGGAUCACCAUCUCUGAUAUCUGCCGUCAUUGGUGUUCUGAAGAUAGAUAUGUUGUUAAUCAUAAGCCGCCAGCAUCAAGCAAAACCAGGACGGCAGGGGCUCACUUGAUUAUGCCAGGACACACACAGUUGAUCCUGAUAUUUUCUUUGGCAUACUAGGACAGCAAAUUCAGUCUCGCGCAAAGAAAGAGAGGCAUCCAUGAGAAACCUGGGCAAAGAGAACACUUACAUCGAUGGCAUCGCUCUUUGUCAGGCUUACUAUCGCCGCCUUGGAGGCGGCAUAGGCUGCUACGACUUUGCAUCAGUACUCGCACUGCACUCGCAUGCACUUCUGCCGAACAACAUGAGGGAGAGACAAGAGAAGUAAAACCAAAUGACAACUUACGGCACUCAGGUCUCGACACCAGGCCCAUAUUACUCGCAACAUUAACAAUGACGCCCCUGUUGCCCCUCCUGCCGUCGUGCGUCUUGAGGGGCUCCUGAUCCAACAUCCUGAUGAUCUCGCCCCUGGCCGACAGCCAGGUGCCGCGGCAGUUGGUCCCCGUGACGCGGUCAAACUC